UCACACAAAUUCAAGGAAUAAUUCAAUUUAGAAGAACGGCACCACAUGUUAUGACAAUAUGGCUGCGCAAUGGCCUGCACAGAAACCACAAGAUGCUCUUCUUCGACAUCCCCGCGCGGGGAGCUAUGUCCCUGAGUCGAUGCGUGGAGAUACACGACCUCAGCCCGGUCCUAAUUUUGAAAAUCAAAAUCAAAAUCCCGAUUGUUCGCGCGCCCGAGAAACCGAUAUAGAACUUCAAGAUGAAGAGGCUCGCGUUCCAGAUAGGCCUUCGCCUACUACUGACAAAGCUCUCACGUUCACUACAAAACUUCACACCCACUCUUAUCUCAUCUUCUUCUCCAUCAUGGGAACGCUCGCCAGAGAAGGUAUGACAGCUUUACUCGUCUAUCCUGGGACACCAGUCAUCUUCCCAACCCUGUGGGUUAAUUUUGCUGGGUGUCUUAUCAUGGGGUUCCUAGCUGAGGACCGCAUGCUGUUUCGCCACGAAUGGGGAGAAGGCACAUACUACAAGGAAGAAAACCAAAGUCCGGAAACCAGUGGAACAGUCUCGGAUGACACGGCCAAAGAUCAAGGAGCUACAGACCUUGAGGCUGUAAAGAAGGCACAUCUCAGUGUCAAAAAGACAUUGCCUCUCUAUAUCGGCCUUUCGGUCGGGUUCUGUGGCUCAUUCACAACCUUCUCAACAUUCAUCCUUGAUUCUUUUCUCGCCCUUUCCAACGAACUUGAAACUUCUUCAGCGCCGACAUCAGACCGGAACAAGGGUUACUCGUUCUGUGCACUUGCAGCCGUGGUCUUAUUGACUGUUCAUGCCUCUAUGGGUGGUCUAUUUUUGGGCGCCCAUAUUGCCAUACUAGCGGACGACAUCAUGCCCUCACUGCCCUACCUCUUUAUGCGCAAGUUUAUAGACCGACUUGCAACCAUUCUCGGCUGGGGCUGUUGGAUUGGAGCGAUAUUUAUAUGCAUCUAUCCACCACAUGAUGAGUGGCGGGGGAGUGUUCUAUUCUCUUUGGCCUUUGCCCCUCUGGGGGUGUUUACGAGAUUCUAUCUUGCAAUCUACUUGAAUGGCAGACUUCCAACAUUUCCCUUGGGGACAUUUGCCGCCAACGUGGUAGGAUCUCUAAUUCUUGCUAUAGUUUGGGAUAUAUCCCAGAUCUUGGCACGGCCUUCACUUGGACACCAGUUGCUUGAGGGUGUCAAAAAUGGUUACUGUGCCGUUGUCACUACUGUUUCUACCCUUGCUCUGGAGCUCUCCUCCCUCCAACGCGAACACGCUUACAGAUAUGGCACUAUGAGUUUCUUGGUGUCUUUUGGGUUGAUGGUUAUCAUUUCUGGUAGUUUUAAAUGGACACGAUGAUGCUAGAGUCUGGAGCGGUUAAACGGGUUUGUUGGUAGAUAGGAAACUCUCAGCAAGAUUGUUAAGCUUUACCUGUUGUAUAAGACUCAAUUCUUACAUGCAUACUUCUGAAU